AACUGUUAAGAUCAUAUUCUUGAAGAAUACGGUCUAAGUCGUCAUACCAAACCUUGUACAUAGUUUUAAGGUUGUCCCAACUUGAAAUCAAAUAAUCCACUUUGUGUUGGAGUCAAUAGAUCAUUUAGAUAAUCUUAUCGGAUAGACGUCGUAUAGCUUAUUAGCAUAUCGUAUAAUUUAAAAUCAUGCCUGAACCAUCAUAUACAAAAGAACAAGAGACAAUCGUCUUAAAGAUUCUAUCAUAUAAGCCUCAUCAGUUUUAUGAAAUUUUACAAGUUACUAAAACUUCAAAUGAAGGAGAAAUUAAGAAAUCAUAUAGAAAAUUAGCUAUCAAAUUACACCCUGAUAAAAAUUCCCAUCCUAGAGCUGCUGAAGCCUUCAAAUUUUUAAAUAAAGCUUGGGGUGUUUUAAGUGAUCCAUCAAAGAAAAAACUUUAUGAUCAGACAGGAUCUGAUCCAGAUUCAAGAUUCGCAGGUUAUAAUAGUUCUGCAUCUAGUUCAGGUGCUUCUAGGGGUGGCGCUAGCCCGUUCGGAGGUUUCCAAGGUGGUGCAAGUCCUUUUGAUGAUGAUAUAUUUAAUAUGUUCUUUGGAGGUGGUGGAGCUCAGGGUCCAACUUUCACUUUUGGAGGUAACGGAUUCACUUUUCAAUCUUUUGGUGGUGGACAACCAUACGUAAGACAAAGAUAUCAACCAAGACGUCAACAGCGUCAACAGCAACAAGGUAGUCAACAAUCACAAGAGGAACCAUCCUUUAUGGAAAGUUUAAGACAAUUAUUACCAAUAUUAUUGAUCAUAUUAGUUCCACUCCUUUCUGCAUUAUUCUCUGAUUCAUCGUCAUCAGUACCUGACUAUUCAUUCGUUAAAGAUAAUCAAUACAAUUUACAAAGAGUAACACCUAGAUAUAAAAUUCCAUUUUAUGUCACUCAAAACUUUGAUACUAAUAAGAAAUUGCUGGAUAAACAAAUAAGGAAUUUCGAUUCAAAAGUAGAAAGUGUUUAUAUACAACAUAAAAGAACGAAUUGUGCAAGAGAGCAGACAAUUAAAAAUGAAAUGAUUGAAGAUGCUCAGGGUUGGUUUUCUACUGAUUAUGAAAAGCUAAAGGAAGCUGAAGAUUUACCAAUGCCAAAUUGUAAAGCAUUAAGAGAUUUACAUUUAAUUUAAAAUAAGUAUUCAUUUAAUUCUAUCAGGAGCAUAUUUAAUAAACACUUUGCUAAUAUUAAUUGGCUAC